AUGGGCGCUGCUGAAAGUCGACCUGGCAGGGAGCACAUCCCCCAAUACCCUCGCGGAUGGUUUGCUAUCCGUAUUAUACAGCUCAUCUUGGCUGUAGCAUGCAUCGGUCUCGGCGCGUAUGCGGCUGCUAAGAGAGCCUGGGCUGGUCCAUUGCUGACUGUUUGGGCUAGCGUCUGCACGCUCAUUGUCACCAUUUGGCAGAUUUCAGCACACACUUGCUCACCCCGUGCAUUCAAUUACUGGGCCGUUCUUGUCCUCGACAUCUACCUCUACAUCCUGUGGCUCGGCUCCAUGGCCGCCUGUGCUGUCAUGGCCGGCGGCAUCCUCGCCCUCACCUCCAAGUCCUACUACAAACGCGCGAAAUCCUCCAGUGGCAGCAGCUACAGCGGUAGCAGCGGCAGCAGUGGUAGCAGCAGCAGCAGUAGCACUAGCAGUAGCAGCUACUAUUCGUACUACUACAACAACUACAACCAGGAUAUUGGUGUAGUAACUGCUGCUGCUGCAGGCCUUGCCGCCGCAGAAUUCCUCUUGUUCUUCAUUUGCCUCGUCACCGACUCUGUUGUCAUUCAUCGCCAUCGCAAGGCAGGACGUCACGCCAAGCCUAUCAAGGGAGCUAAUGCUAUCUUGGUGGCCCAACCGCAAACGGCACCAGCCUACCAAGCCGUCGCGCAGCAGCCUGUUUCUCAGUACCAGCAACCCGGAGCGUACCAACAGCAGCCUAUCGGCCAAUACCAGCAGCCUCAAAGCACUGCUUACCAUUCACCAGCGCCGUACAGCUACCAAGCCCCCCAGAUGCAACAACAGCAGCAACAACAGCCACCCGCUGCUGCGGCCUACACUCCUUACAACCCUCAACAGGGUUACUACCAGCCUCAACCCAGAAGUCCAGCACACCCUGCGACUGCGGUACAGCAUACAGCUACUCCUCCACUACCGAGCACAUCCCCCUAUGCCCCCCCUCCACAGGGUUACCCUCAACCUGGGUCCCAUGAGCUAGGAAAGCAGUAAAGGUGAUAAAGAUGAGCGGAUAACGGGGCGUUCCGGGUCCUUUUGGGUUUAUUAGGGUUCAUGUUCAGUUAGACAUAAUUACUAUUC